CAAUACAAGUGGCGCAUAUCCAAAGCCUAUACCAAUUAUAAACGUGGUUUAUGGAACAAUCUGAAACCAUCAAGUAAUGUUAAAUUUAACAAAAAUCAGAUAAAUGAAUAAACAAAUAUUAGCGCGCAUAAAAAAAAAAUUAUAUCACGUGCAUAUUGUGUCUUUACAAAAUUUCUUCUUUUACAGACUUCCAGAAACUUUCACACCAGAUUUCCACGACAAAAAUGCUGUUCUACAAAUGCCGACAAACCCACUCGGAAAAACCGGACUGCACGUCUCUAAAAUAAGUUUUGGAGCAUCCUCUCUGGGCAAUGUUUUCCGAACAACUAAUGAAAAAGAGUCUUUGGAUGUGGUCCGUGAGGCCCUACAGAAGGGGAUAAAUUACAUUGAUGUGGCCCCGUGGUAUGGACAUGGCAUGGCAGAGGAAGUACUGGGAAGGGCUUUGGUUGGCAUACCUAGAACUGCGUAUUACAUGGCCACAAAGGUAGGCCGAUAUAAACCGGAAGUAGACAAGAUGUUUGACUUCUCAGCUGAGCGGACUUUACAAAGUGUGGACGAGAGUUUACAAAGAAUGGGACUGGAUUACGUAGACAUCAUUCAGGUUCACGACAUGGAAUUUGCUCCGAGCCUUGAUAUUAUUAUAAACGAAACACUUCCGGCAUUACAAAAGGUGAAACAGAGCGGGAAAGCGAGAUUUAUCGGUAUCACAGGUUACCCGCUGAAGAAUUUCAAAACAGUACUAGAAAAAAGUACAGUGAAGAUUGAUACAAUACUGACUUACUGUAGAGCUUGUAUCCAUGACAACAGUCUUCAAGACUAUAUUCCAUUUUUUCAAGAGAGAGGGAUAGGCGUAAUUAAUGCCUCCCCUAUAGCUAUGGGUCUCCUGUCUAAUCGAGGCCCCCCGGAAUGGCACCCGGCCCAAAAGGACAUUAAAGACGCAUGCGCUAAAGCAGCGACUUUUUGUAGAGAGAAUGGUUGUGACAUCUCCAGAUUGGCAAUGGCAUAUACUCUGGGAUUUCCCGGUGUCGACACGACACUGUUUAGUACUGCAAGUUUGGAAAACCUAAGAAAGAAUAUGGCAGCAGUCAAUUCACCUCUAUCUAAACAGGAACACGAUAUAUUAAAUGACACCAUCAAAAGGUACAUAGAUCCCCUAACUUGUCAUCAUUGGGAGGGGGUUGAAGUGGAAGAGUAUCAAAGACAACUGCAGGGAAUUCAGAAUGACGGAACAUUUAAACUGGGAUAACUAACAAAUGGAAUUUAACGAAACAUUUAAACUCGAAUAACCAACCAAUGGUGUUCAAUAAAAUAUUUUUAACUCGGAUAUUAAACCAAUGGAAUUCAAAGAAACAUUUAAUCUUGGAUAACAAACCACUGGAAUUCAACGAAACAUGUAAUUUCGGACAACUAACAAAUAUAAUCCAGACGGACUGAAAAUUUUAAAUCGGAUAUCAUAUCAAUAGAAUGCAGAAGGACGGAAUUGAAACUCGGAUAACAAACCAAUAGGAUUCAGACUGACGACAUACAUUGUAUGAUGAAAUUCAAACGGACGGAACAUUUGAACUCGGAUAGAAAAAGACGAAACAUUAAAAUUCGGAUAAGAAACCAAUGGAAUUCAGACGGACAAAACAUAUAAACUCGGAUAAUAAACCAAUGAAAUUCAGAAGAGUAAAACAUUUAAACUCGGAUAACAAACCAGUGAAAUUCAGAGGGAGUACACAUUCAAACUUAAAAAAAAAACUGAGGGUAAUCAGGAAAUUUAUUUCCUAAAUUGAUGCACGUGUACAUAUAGAUCAAUUAUUCCCUGCGGAAAUUCAGAAUUUUAUAUAUCCAAUGUAUUUAUUUUUAUAAGAAAUCGGGGUUGCUUUGAUAUAUAUUUUGUUUGCAGAAGGAGCUUAUAAAUAUUUUGCAAUUUUAUAUCAAAGUGCACUUGCAUAAAAAGAUCAAUAAACACAAGCAAUAAAAAUAAAUAUUGCACAAUAUUAAUUGAUGACUAUUUUGAAAAAUCUUUCAGGUUUUAAAAAAUCUUUUGACUUCUUUGAUCAAAAAUCUGAUUCCAUUUUAUCUGUGAAUAAUUCUGUAA